AUGGCGCACGAUUACCGCUCACCACUCGACAACGCGGACGAAGAGCUGGUAAAGUACAAGAACCCGUACCUCAAAGGCAUGGGAGAUCAGAGCAUAUGUACCAUCUGGCCGACCGAUGCACCUACAGACUACAUACGCAGCGCCACCGUCUUCCUCGAAGCCGAAUACGCAAAUCCCGAUUCGCCAAUCCACCAAGACCCUCCGCUACCCAUCCCACCAGAUCCCGACGACAACUCACUCAGACCCCUCAAAACCGACGACGAUGUCUUCGACGCUGCUCGUAUAUGGCUCAAAUGUCCUCUCGAUCACGCCAUCGUGAUGAAAUAUCCUACUCAACUCGUGCAACUCAAUGGCUUGGUCAAAAUGCGCGUCGCCAGUACCGUCCUCGCUCUUUCCUCCGCCGCAUCAGGCUUCAUCCACCCUCGUCAAGCCUCUUACAACGAGACGAACUCCACGCCCAAUGUCGCGGCCGCACAAUAUGACGGAACCUGUUUUUACCCCGUCCCUGAUUCCAAGUUCAACCUGAACGCGUAUCUCGGUACCUGGUAUCAGGUCGCUGGUACACCAUUCGGUCCUACAGCCGGCGCACGCUGCGUGUCCGCAAACUACGAGCUCAACGACAAUGGCACGGUGCGCGUCACGAACACUGCGACUGUCGGCCCACGAACUGUCGACAUCGUCGGCACAGCCACGCCCGUAGACUCUGCUUAUGGCGCCGGUGGUGCUUUCGUUGUCAGCUUCCCUGGCACGCCAUCAACGGCAGAAUGCCCAGGACCAAACUAUAUUGUGCAAGAUUAUGCCGUCGAUUGGGCGAUUGUCCAGACGCAGAAGUGGAACACGCUGUACAUCCUAAGCAGGGUGCGACAACCAGCCGCUGAAAGCAUCGAUGCAUGGAUUGAUCGCGCUGUGGCUUUCGGAUCGAACGCAUCCUCGAUCAUGAAGUUCAACCAGACGGGCUGCGAGUAG